UGAUUUAAGAACUAACCUGUGCUAGUUUAAUUUUGCCAAAAGUCCAAAAGCAAUAUUUUUUAAUCCGGACUUGUUUUUUUUUUUGGACCAAAAUUAGUCUUUUGAGUAAGUUUUGCAUUUUCGCGAGAACAAAGCGUCCUCAAACAACAAGAUCUUGAUUAGAAAAGUACAUUAAUGUUUCAAAACAAUCCACAAACCAGACAUUCAUUAACGCAUGCUUCUUAUUAUGUUCCAAAAUGAGAUUGAGAAACAUCAUCACAUUUACAAAGAAAUAUUCAAAUUCACUUCACUUUCACAACUUUGCAAAUGCUAAUUCCUUUCCAAUGCCAUCACAUCACAAUCAUUACCUUCAGCUUAUUCGUUCAUGCAAACACUUCAACCCUCUCCUUCAAAUCCAUGCCCAUUUCCUUGUCACAAACCCAUCUCUUAUUCUUUGGAACUCAUUGAUUAGAGCUUAUUCUAGAUUCCUUAAGUUCCAUAAAGCUAUAAACUUGUAUCACACAAUGUUACAAAUUGGACUUGAACCUGAUAAAUACACAUUUACCUUUGUUUUAAAAGCUUGUACUUGUGCUUUAGAUUUUCAUGAGGGUGUUUCUGUUUAUAAAGAUAUAGUUUUGAAGGGGUUAGAAUGUGAUGUUUUUAUUGGGACUAGUCUUGUUAACAUGUUUUGUAAAAUGGGUCAUUUAGAUAGUGCAAGAAAGGUAUUUGAUAAAAUGCCGAAGAAAGAUGUUACUACUUGGAAUGCGAUGAUUUCGGGUUUGUCGCAGAGUUUAAAUCCUUGUGAGGGAAUGGAAAUGUUUUGGAGGAUGCAGGUGGAGGGUGUGGAGGUUGAUACUGUGAGCAUCUUGAACUUGGCUCCGGCUGUUUCUAGAUUAGAGGAUUUUGGUUGUUGUAAGUCUAUUCAUGGUUAUGUUGUUAGGAGAGGUAUUUGUGGUGUGGUUUCGAAUUCGUUGAUUGAUAUGUAUUCGAAAUGUGGCGAGGUAUAUUUGGCUCGUCGAAUUUUUGACCGGAUGCGGGUUAUGGAUGAUGUGUCGUGGGCAACAAUGAUGGCUGGAUAUGUACAGCAUGGUUGUUACUUUGAGGUUCUUCAAUUACUUGAUAAAAUGAAGCAGAAAAAUGUUAAGAUGAAUAAGGUAGCGAUCGUGAAUGCUCUUUUGGCAGCUUCGGAGAUGAGAGACCUCGAGAAAGGGAAGGAAAUUCAUGAUUGUGCUUUGCAGCUGGGGAUAAUGUCAGAUAUUGUUGUUGCUACUCCUGUAGUGAGCAUGUAUGCAAAAUGUGGCGAGUUGAAGAAGGCUAAAGAAUUGUUUCUGAGUCUCGAAGGAAGAGAUUCGGUUGCUUGGUCUGCUUUUUUAUCGGCUCUUGUCCAAGCUGGAUAUCCCAGAGAAGCAUUGUCUAUAUUCCCCGAGAUGCACCAUGAAGGUUUGAAACCAGGUAAAGCGAUAGUGACGAUUCUUGUUUCAGCUUGUUCAGAAAUUUCAAAUCUUAGAUUAGGUAAGACUCUGCACAGCUACGCUAUUACAGCAGAUAUGGUGUCCGAUAUCUUUGCAGUAACAACCCUUGUCUCAAUGUACAUGAAAUUUGAAUUAUUUAUUUAUGCUAUGACACUAUUCAACGGAAUGCACUAUAAAGACGUUGUGGUGUGGAAUACAUUGAUAAAUGGGUUUACCAAAUAUGGAGACCCGCAUGUAGCAUUUGAAAUGUUCCGUAGAUUACAAUUAAGUGGGAUUCAACCUGAUAGUGGAACCAUGGUGGGUUUGGUUUCAGCUUGCUCCAUUCUGGAUGAUCUAGAUCUAGGAACAUGCUUUCAUGGGAAUAUUGAAAAGUGUGGUUUUGAAUCUAACAUUCAUAUAAAAAUUGCUCUAAUGGACAUGUAUGCCAAAUGUGGAAGCCUUUGCUCAGUUGAGAAGUUUUUUUUCUUAACCAAGCAUUUAAAGGAUGAGGUAUCUUGGAAUGUAAUGAUUGCAGGGUAUCUGCAUAAUGGAUGUGCCAAUGAAGCAAUUUCCACUUUUCGUCGGAUGAAAUUAGAAAAUGUCAGGCCGAAUUUAGUCACAUUUGUGACCGUCCUUCCUGCUGUGUCAUAUUUGACAGUAUUAAGAGAGGCCAUGGCUUUUCACGCCUGCAUUGUCCGAACUGGAUUUCUAUCCAGUACCCUUAUCGGAAACAGUCUCAUAGAUAUGUAUGCUAAAUGUGGACAACUCAGUUAUUCCGAGAAAUGUUUUCAUGAAAUGGAAAACAAAGACAGUAUCUCAUGGAAUGCAAUGCUUUCGGGUUAUGCAAUGCAUGGCCAAGGUGAACUUGCCAUCACACUUUUUUCACAUAUGCAACAGACUAAUGUCCAUGUCGAUUCUAUUUCCUACAUCAGUGUAUUAUCUGCUUGUAGACAUGCUGGUUUAAUUCAAGAAGGAAGGAAUGUUUUCGCCUCCAUGAGUGAAAAGCACCAUGUUGAACCUAAUAUGGAACACUAUGCCUGCAUGGUUGAUCUUUUGGGCCGUGCUGGUUUGUUUGACGAAGUUUUGAGUUUAAUUAAAAAAAUGCCAACAGAACCUGACGCUCAAGUUUGGGGAGCCCUCUUGGGAGCGUGUAAAAUUCAUUCCAAUGUUGCAUUAGGAGAGGUUGCCCUGCAUCACCUCCUUAAACUUGAACCAAGAAAUGCAGUUCAUUAUGUAGUUUUGUCAGAUAUUUAUGCUCAAUGUGGUAGGUGGAAUGAUGCCAAAAAGACAAGAUUACAUAUGAAUCACCAUGGGUUGAAGAAAAUUCCAGGAUAUAGUAGGGUUGGAGCUCACAAACAAGUAGUUGGUGUGCAGUGUGUGUGAGUGUUGUAAACCCUGGAGUUCCAAGUUCCAGUGACAAAGCUCUGCCACUAUUAGUACGUACUAACAGCAUACUUAAAAACAGAAUUUGGAAUGAGAUUGGACAAACAGGUCAAAGGAAUUUUUUCAUUAAAAAUCAUACAAAGAAGUAGGCCUGCAAUCAAAGUUCCUCUUUUCGAUUAACAAUGAAGAAGAAACCUACAAGAAUCAGCAAGUCGGGGAAUCGUCUGCACUAGAAUUUAAACACAUUGUCAUUAUGUGUAAUUUUUGGAAACAUGGAAUUGUUAUGCAUGUGCGCGCAGUAUGUAAUUUUUGGAGAUUACUCAUUUUGCGUUGCCUAGCUUGAGUUAACACAUACAGCAGCAGGAUAUGUUAACGGAAAGAAGCGAAGAUGACAUGAAUAAGCUAGUGAUUUGAUCUAAUGGGCUUCCUAGAAAGUAUUUUGAGAAUUAAGAUUGAAAAUGCUGCAGAAGUAAGAUCAAGAGAACAGUCUAAUUCUACAGCAGAUAACAACUUUGGUAAUGAAUUAGCGAAUGUUGCCGUUGGAAGGUGGUCUGGUCGCAAACUUCCUGAACGGAAAUUUUGGAGAAUGCUUCCACCUUUUUGUACAUUGGUCAGAUUUAUACAUCAUUUCUAUGAGAAGGAGAUGGAAGGUGCUUGCUUAUAUUAUAAUUUUAGGUUAUUGUUUCUCAAAUUAUAGAUUAUUUUCCAGGAACAAGUGUUCAUAAAAUCCUUAUUGCUGCUUAUUUAGGACCAUUAAGAGAUUGAAAUUACCAGAAAUAAAAAGGUCAAGUUCCUAAACAUGUUUUUCACUGUACCACUAUUUUCUUACACUUGUAUCAAUUUGAUGAUGUUUUGCACUUUCAAGUUACUUAUUUUAGUUCAAUUCAUAGAUGCAACAAUGUUUAGUUGUUAUUUAA